AUAUUGUCAACCAUUUUCAAUUUCAAUGUGUUAUUGACCACUACAAGUCCACUCGGUUUUAUCUACUACUUAGCUCGCAUCACACAACUCCAACACGAUGACACAGAAAAACAGGCGAAACAACGUUUGCAAAUCUCCCGUUUGCAACGGGAUUUACGGGGAUCAAAAGAACGAGUCGAUGCAUUAGAACUACAGUUAUCAAUUAUGCGAAGACGUUUGGCCGAGACACAGGAAAACCGGAUAAAUGUGACCACCCCAGCCAGUCAGACACCAGCAACCCUGGCCGCUUCGGAAAAGGAACGCCGUCGUUUGGCGAAACAGUUACAACAGACGAGAGAAGAUGCAGACAAGCUGAGAGAAGAAAUCGUUCUCCUAAAAUCUCGGCUCCUCGAGGCGAGCCGAGAUAAGUUAACAAGUAUUGAACAAACAAAGACCCUGAGAACAUCGGAAUUUCGAAUAAACGAACUGAAACAAACUUGUGAGGAACGAAAAGAGGAAGCUCGAAAAGCUCGUGCUGAAUUGGAACGCGUUCGACAAACUUGCACUGCAGAGGUACGAAGAAUUGAAGAAGCGUAUAUCAGUCUGGAGGGUGAACUGCGAAGCAUGAAAGAGUCACUCGAUGCAAGUCGUCGCUCGGAGGAACAACUUUUAGAUUUCCGCGCAGUGGUGGCUAGACACCUUGGACUGGACAGUGAACAUUUGUCUGUCCCGGAUUAUGAGAUCUUGGUACAUUUGGAUCGGCUUGUUGCGGCAAACCAGGCGCAUAUUGCCAAUGUGGUCGCAACCGAGAGAGCAUUGUCCAUGGUCCAAGGGACUACCCGAUAA